AUCCUCCCAUCGCUCACUCACUCACUCCGUUUCAUCCAGGGUGACGCCAGUCCCUCUCACCCCGCCCCGUUCAACUCAGUCCGCUGCGUUCAUUUCAUUCCUGCUCCCAUUCCGCGCAUAUUUCGCAUCCUUGGAGAGACGCUGCGCAUUUUACGCACUCAGCGCGCCCCGAUCCUUCAUCAAGGCGAAGCCGAGGGCGGACUCCGGAGUUGGCCGAGCGCUUCCCGGUUCCGCGGCGGCUCCGAUCCGUUGGGAAAGUGUGGGAAUUAAAGGAGAAAAGCGGCGUUUGGAUCGAGGUUCUGAUGCUGGAUUCUGCUUCUGCAACGACUGGCUGACUGUUUUUUCUCCCACUGCUGGCUGCCAUUUAGAGAUAUCUAUACCGAGACAAUAAAAAGCCUUGAGCAUAGCUUUUUAAAAUUUUAACCUUUACAAGUUAAUUUCCACUAUUUAUAUAUAUAUUUUAAAUCAAAACACCGCCAUCAGCUAAGCGCCUUUAGCUGCCAGUAUGGAGCGCAGCAGCUGGAGUGGCAGUGAGAGUCCCGGUGAGGACAUGGACAGACUCAGUGAUUCAGGAGGGGACAAGACAAUGGAUGGGGACCCUGAGGGGGUCUGGAGCCCAGACAUCGAGCAGAGCUUCCAGGAGGCCCUUGCUAUAUAUCCGCCCUGUGGGAGGAGGAAGAUUAUACUGUCAGAUGAAGGGAAGAUGUACGGGCGAAACGAGCUGAUAGCCAGAUACAUCAAACUGCGAACAGGCAAGACGCGGACAAGGAAACAGGUAUCCAGUCACAUCCAGGUCUUGGCCAGAAGAAAAUCCAGGGAAUUUCAGUCCAAACUAAAGGACCAGAAUGCCAAGGAGAAAGCUCUGCAAAGCAUCUCGUCCAUGUCCUCGGCUCAGAUCGUCUCAGCCACCGCCAUACACAGCAAGCUGCUGCCUGGAAUAGUGCGAGCCAGCUUCCCCGGCAACGCUCAGCUGUGGCAGGGGAUGAUUCCAGGAGGGCAGUCCAGCUCCACCACAGAAGACAUCAAGCCGUUCUCCCAGCAGGCCUACCCUGUGCAGACAGCAGGGACCACCACAAUCGCAGCCUACGAGCCUGCUGCUGCAGCCCAAAUACACAGAGAGCCAGCAUGGCAGGGGCGAUCCAUCGGCACCACCAAACUACGACUGGUGGAGUUUUCAUCUUUCUUAGAGACACAGAGGGAUCAGGAAGCCUACAACAAGCACCUGUUUGUGCACAUCAGCCAGAGCAACCCGAGCUACAGCGACCCCCUGCUGGAGUGUGUGGACAUCAGGCAAAUCUACGACAAGUUCCCCGAGAAGAAGGGAGGUCUUAAAGAGCUUUUCAGCAAGGGCCCACAGAACGCAUUCUACCUGAUCAAGUUCUGGGCGGAUCUUAAUUACAGCGUACAGGAUGACUCUGCAGCCUUCUAUGGGGUGACCAGCCAGUACGAGAGCUCAGAAAGCAUGACCAUCAGCUGCUCCACAAAGGUCUGCUCCUUCGGCAAGCAGGUGGUCGAGAAAGUGGAGACGGAGUAUGCCACGUUUGAAAAUGGACGAUUUGUCUACAGAAUCAGUCGCUCUCCCAUGUGUGAAUACAUGAUCAACUUUAUCCACAAGCUGAAGCACCUGCCAGAGAAAUACAUGAUGAACAGCGUACUGGAGAACUUCACAAUUCUGCUGGCGGUGAGCAACAAAGAAACUCGGGAAACCUUGCUGUGCAUGGCGUGUGUGUUUGAGGUGUCGAACAACGACCACGGAGCACAGCACCACAUCUAUCGACUUGUCAAGGAAUAACACACUCCACCUCGUUAACAGAUGCACAUCUAUGGCCUUUGCUUGGUGAUUAUUCACGGUGACACUGAAGGGAGAAAUAUAGAUCCCUUUCAAAAAACUACCAAACUUUCAGUUCACAAAAAAAAAAAAUGUAAUCAGUCAAGGAUAAAAAUGGCUACAUUUUCACUACCACUUUAUAAACUAGCCAUCAACGAAGGCAGUGACAGUGUAGCCAUGACACCCUGUGAGAAUCAACACGGUUGGUUUUUCCCAAGAACUCCCUGGGAUGAGGAGCAGUCGUCAUCUCUCCCACUAAUUAAGUUUUCUGAGUGCAUCAGAACUUUAUGGCUGUGAACAUGGGAAUAUAAGUGGGGUUCGUGUUAAGAGCCUUUGGGAAAAGCUAGAGAAAGAAGAAAGAAAGAAAAAAAAAUAUUUCGCCCCCUGGUGGAGAAAAAUUCCUCCUCAGCCAACACGUACCGAAGGUCAGACCCUGUGUAUCAUCAAUAACCUGUUGGAGAAAAGGACAUUUCGGUAUAGUAGAUUAUAGAUCUGGAUGUGUACAGAUAGACUCUGUGGGUUGUUCCAGUUGAGUUCUUGCACAAAUGAAGAGGUUUGUCCCAAAGAAAAAGAAUGAAGUUUUUACCUUUUUGUAUGCUUUCCUUAAAACACACACACACACACACACACAAAAACAUUUUAAACUUUGGGAUCUUGUUUAUUGAUUGUAGCAUAUAGAUUAUAUUUCAAUUCCCUGAUUGUUAUCUAAAAUUUAUAAAAGCAUAAUGGGGGAAAAAACAAGAAGAAAUUCAGGUACCUUUUUGUGCAGCAGGUGACUCUUCAUCCAGCCCUUUAGAUUUUAAUCCACGUCUCACUGAAUCCAGCACAGAAAGACCGAGAUAAAGGAUGAUAAACGUGAUCCAACUCAACUUGAUCAUAGUUUUAAACAUAUUGUUUGUAUUUCUUGGAAAAUCACUGUGAUUUUUUUUUUCUAUUUACUACAUAAUUUGCCCAGCUGUUAGAUAGGCUUUAGUUUAACUCUCAUUUUAACAUAUGCUCCUUAUUUCAGUAUUUGUACCAGCAAAGUAGAGCCUUAAUGUCCAUACCGCCAAAACCUGAGAUACUUCUCCACCCACAUUACAACUGAACUGACCGCCCUGACUCGAAGCCUUAGAACCUCCUGCGUCAGGAUUAUAGAUCACACCCUUUCCCUCUUUUAUGAAUCCGAAACCAAAAAACGCUGAUGAUGAUGAUGAUGGAGUAUACUGUAGCAGGUGUGGUCCGACGGCUCGUCUGCGCCAUGCUCAGCAGCGUGAAGUGCCUUUGGCUGGAGACGGCAGUAGACUUUUCUGUUCUGAUUCACUGAUGGUUCCAUGUUUUAGAGGAAGCUCUGUAGACGUAAAUAAACUGUAAGUUUGGACCUUCAUUUUUCUGGUGGCUACACAGUCACCAGAAAAACAAAUAUCUGAAGUCCGAUAUUUAUUUAUUUUAUUUUUUUUUUUAUGACAGUCAGCACUGGAUCCUCCUGGAUGAUCUGUUUAAUUUCACAACGAUACCAGUGGAAUAUGUUCUUAUUCUUUUGGUAUUUAAUGGCAGUGUUUGCUUGUAUUUGUUUUUGUGCUUCACAUGUGUCUGCUUCAUGUAAGAAGAGCUUGCACACUCAAUGCAGUCUGGUGCCUCAUUCGAAUGAAUUUUUUUAGGAAAAAAACAGUUAAACAGAGACCAAUUAGAACAUGAAUCUUUAUUGUUCAGUUAUCUACAGUGGUCUAUUCAAGCAUUGGGCCGGUGUGAUAACCUCUAGGAAAAAUACCAGUUUCACUAUAUUAAAUUUAGAUUGUUUUAAUUGUUUUUUAUUCAAAACUAAAGAGCAACAAUUAUUCCCUCUGCAGCUGGAAUACAAUAAUAUGCAGUGGAUCUCAAAUGUGUACACAUCCCUAUUAAAAAAAAUUAUGAUGCAUAUUUUUAUAGCAAUUUCUUUAGAUAAUUUAACACCUAACCUUACAAUUCAACUGAAAAUAUAACCGAUCUGUUAGACAAAAUAUAAAAAUGCAUUAACCUUGCUGCAUACGUUUGCACACCCUAAACCAACAUUGUUAGGGUGAAUUAAACUUCAGCAUUUGGUUUUCUUUGGUAGGAGUCCCACAUAAUGACUUAAGAAUAUCUGCCCACUCCCUUGUGCAUAAGACUGAUUUAUCUUUUAACUCUAGCUGGCAUUUCCAAAGCUUAAAUUUCCUUGAGGUGAAAAAUUACAGUCAUUUUCUUAUAGCAAAUGUUGAGCAUAAACUGAUGGGUUUGCAAAAACCCAACUCCAAUCUGAAGACAACCAAUUCCUUAUCAUUUUAUUGCCAAUAUCAUGUUUCAUUAUAAUUAAUGUGUUAUUUGGUAAUUGUUAUUUUCGUGAUGCUUUGAUUUGUUUGUUCAUCCUCCUUUUAACUGGACUUGGACAGAUCUUCUGUCCAGCACCCUGCUUUGUAGUACAAACCUAAUGCCCAGUACAGAUGAUUAUUUAUGUCUUGUAAUGCUUCUGUUUCCCCAUGUUGUUAUUGAAUUUUCAUACAAUGACAGACUCGUGAUCAGUUGUAGCCUCUCCACAAACUAUGGCUUCAGCUAAAGAAUAGAGAUGCCAGAAAAUCCCAAAAUGAAGGGAGGAGUGAAGUUAAACACACUGAAUACUGGAACUGAAUCAAAAAGGUCCCCCAAGUCUGCAAAGCAUAAUUUUAUAACCAUUUGAUUUAGCAUUUUUCUCACAUCUUGUCGGCGAUCUCUGUUUUUAAGUUUAACUGUACAGAAUAUUAGAUCUGGAAAAGGUUUUGAAAGGAUUUAUCAAUUCCUUUAACAUCUCAAAAUGCCUUGCGUUGCACUUUUGAAAACCCUUUUGACCAUAAGUGUGCAGCAACAAGUGGGAGAGGAGAAGUCAAUACUCACCGUUAUGCUUCACUCAACAUCUGAUCACCUUUAGUCUCUUUCUGGCAUCUCAUUAAAGAUUUAAAAUCUAGCAACUGUAUGAUGAAAAAUUUUUGCAUUUUUUAAAACUAACAAUUUAAAAUAUUUGUAUAUUUUCACGCAGGAAAACUACCCAUACCUGCUCAGUACAGGGCACUUUCAAAGGUUUAAAGUCUAAAAGGCAUCGUAGUUGGGCACAAACACUAAGCUACAGCCAUUCUAUGUGUCAUAAAAAUGCCAAAUUAUUGCCAGAUUCUUUAAACUGUGCAAAAAAGUUUCUUUGGAUUGGAAAGAAAAUGUAGUUCAAAUUAAAACAUGAGGAUCUCAAGAGUAAAGCUUAAAAGAUAAUGAAAUAAAUAAUACAUCCAGUGGCAACAGAGUAAAUUAUGUUUGAUAAACCAAAUUAUUUUAUAGGCUAUGGUAAAAAAAAAAAAAAUUAAAUAAAACUAAAAAAGGGGCAUAAGGCAGAAACUUUGGGCCCAUCCCUUGAUGAACCAUUGCCAAAUUUGUCCAUAGCAGUAUAAGAUGGAGUUUUUCUAUUCAUGCUGCUUUGGAUAAAAGAAAGUAUGUUCAUAAGCGCAGGAAACAUAGGCUUUAAUCUCCACUGUGCACUUAUAACACACUUUAACUAUAAUAUAGCUAAAUUUUCAUUCACAAACAUCCUGCAAGGAAAUAAUUAUAUACAUUAAAGAAAUUAUUUGCUUAUUUUAUAGGAACCAACUCCUAUCACAGCUGCUUAUGAGCUAAUAGAAACAUUCAUCUGAUACCAUGAGUUAUCUCAUGUCAUGCAAGCAGAAACAUUUUCCUGAGGUAUCUCAGUAGUUUCAGUGAAAGCUGCAUCACUCACUCACGAGUAUUAAAAUUCCUCACAAACUUAGCAAAUGUGCUUUUUUUUUUUUUUUUUUUUUUACCAAUUUGAAAACAUUUCCACCGAGCAAAUGCUGAACUACCAAAAUUUGAAGAUGACAAUAGAUGCAAUGUAAAAAUGAGGACCAGAAGAGUGUAAAUGUUUAAAAAAAGAAAACUUUACAGGAGUUAUGUGGUUGCUUCCAGCUGCGGUGGUCAGAAGUGUCCAGGAGAUGCAGUGCUAUGCAGCAGGGGCCUCAAAGCGGAAAUAAUUAUUUGCAGUGACAUCUGAAAGACAGCCAGUCUGACCUUUCUUUCUUUUUUGUUUUUAAAUUUGUCUCUGUUAACCCUAAGACCUCUGUGGUUUCGACCCUCACUGAGUUUUGUCCCAUGCUGCAGUAAUUUGUUUGCAGACAGGCUAAAAGAGUCUUUCUAUUCCGGAAUCAACAUGCAACACGUGAGUGUUAACCUAGCAGGCGGCCUCGAAGCCGCUGAUGCUGUUUGGACAUAGUCUACCACCUGCUUACCAAAGACGGUCGUGAUGUGGGACAAAACACAGCAGACUAGUGAUGUCGCGGGAGCCGCAUGAGGCUAGAAGCUGCUUAUCUCAAAAGAAAUGAACCUGGACUCCUCCUAACAUCUCAGUUAUGGAGGAAGUGCAGGAAACAGGCCUCUCUAAACUGUGAGUUCUUAAAAGAGGCCUAUUAGCAGUCACUCAGCUGUUCACUGUUGAUUACCUACUAAUCAUAACGGCACUAGAGACUGAAUCAGUGUGUAUACUCCAUGCCAGAAGGUUUCAGUGGAGUUUCUCAGUCAUUGUUGUCCGUGUGCUUAAUGUCGUCUCGUGUGUGUGUGCAAGUGGGGCAUUUAUCUCCUAUCCUACGUGUGGCACAGAAAUCCCUGUCUGUAAAUCAGCUCCAAAAUGGCCUUGAAACUUUUCUCUCCGGUGCCCGUGCAGCGCGUCUGUCUGUUCACCGAGGGUUUCCAGAAGGUGCUUUGUAUGAAAGUGACAAUAACCUUUAUUACAGAUGUUGUGUAUAUCUUUGAUAUUCCAAUGUUUAUCCUAUUUUGUGAAGAAGAGAGAACAUUUAGAGAAAAAAAAUCCAGAAACUAGUUAUAUGUGUGUAUGUAUUGGUAUUGCACAGGGUCUGAUCUUUGCUUUGUAACUUUUAUCCCCUUCAUAUGGCUAAAAGUAUGUUAGAUAUUUUCUAGCUUUGUAGAGACUUUGUACGCAUAUGCUAUUCAGUUUAAAUAAAUUGUCAGUUCUAAACUGUGA